AUGGGUUCGUGUUGCUCGAAAAGCGUCGACGCUCCCGAGGCCGAGGAGACGGAGUUCCAAUUACGAAAGACGGCCGAUGGACGACGUUUGGAGUCAGCUGCGAGCUUGAAAUCCUCGGAGGAGCUAAGAACUAGCAGUGGAAAUAUGAGCGGCGAUAUCAGUGGCAUCCUUCCGAGGAGCGAUGACGACAAGCACGCUUCGACCGCGUCGAAGACUCAGAAGCCAAAGAGCAAGGAUUUCAAGGAGAAGAAGAAAAGCGCGCUGGCGGCGGGUAAUGAGGACGAUAUGAUUGAUGAAGACAUACAAAGGAUCGAUACGUUCACUCCGCGUCGGAAUGAAUCCUUGAGCGAUCAAACGCGAAAGAUUCUCGCCGACAACGAUGACGACUCUCGUCUGCGCCUGGACAUCCGCGAUAAAGCUACGAAGACGGAAGAAGCUGUGGAGUUGAGCGCUCGACUUAAGAGAUACGAAAAUGAACCUAAAUUAGCUCCCAACGUGUUACCGAAAUGGGAAGGUCCUGAAUGGAUCGCACCACCGGAUAUCAAGCAAGAAGAUACGGUGCAAAAGCCAAAGGCAUAUGCCAUCGGCGAUCUUUCUCGAGGCGACCACGUACUGCGAGAGAGAAACGUGUUCGAUAUAGCUGACUUUUCGACGUAUAUUCCUGGAACUGGUCCGAUUUUCAACGGACCGACGCCGGAGAUGUUGAAGUCUUCGGCCAAGGAGGCCGGAUUGAACUUGAGUAAAAUUGGAAUGUUGGCUAUGCUCGCAAUGACUUAUGUGCCGAACGUCGUCUUUUCCGGAAAGCUUUCGCCAGACGCCUCGACGGCAUCGCAUAUUCGCAGAUUGCUUGCGUUUGCGUCCACCAUUCUGAUCGUGUACGUGCUGCUGAGUUUAAAGAUACAAAUUGAGCGCAUGUUUUGGCGCGCUUCGUUGGUUCAGUCGCAGAUUGCCACGGCGAUCAUCUGUGCGAUCUGCUUCACGUGGCAGGUGACGGUUAUUUAUAGCAUCGACUGGUUGAGCAAUAACCGAGGUGUUUUCUCUUUUCUCUUCGCUUUCAUAGGUGGAUGGUUGGUAGUGAGGAAGCACGAGACGCGUCUUCAAUCUCGAGCAGAGAUCGAUGCAGUGUUAUCGGCCUUCUUGGAAAUUGAAAAGAAUGCAGCACGCAUGACUGAGCUUAUGGGCUUACCUGCCGUGCGUACAAAUGAUAUGCAGUACAUGAACGCAGCGCCGGUGUGGGCAAGGUAUCGCCCUGACGAACUCGUUCCUUGGCUCAACAAUUUAUUGACUACCGUGUGGCCGUUCUACAACAAAGCAGUCAGUGGUAUGUUGCGAGAAAUACUUGAUCCGCUCAUGGAAGCGACUAGACCGUCUAUGUUGAAGCGUUUGACGUUUAAAGAACUUGAUUUUGGUGAGAACCCAUUCGUCUUCAGAAACUUCACCUACGUAGGUACGAAAGCUGAAGGAAUGGCGACGAGCAUCGACGUAGAUUUUGCUUGGGCUGGGAAAUCGAACAUCGUCCUCGCUGCAAAGACGCACAUUGGAGCGGAUAUAAAUAUUGCGGUCAAAGAUCUCGAAAUCUAUACGAAAUUGAGAAUCACUCUCAACCCGCUGGUGCCACUCCCAAGUCCGCUCGGUGGUUUAACAGUUUCCAUGACAGAACGACCCAUCGUUGAAUUUCAUUGCGAGCUUCCUAGUGGUUUGGAUGUGCUGUACAAUGUCGUCGAUAAAUGGUUGGAAGAAUUCGUUGCCGACCUACUUGGUGACAUGUUCAUUCAGCCCGAACGACUAGUCAUACCUUUGAGCUUCAACUUCGAUCCAAUUACCAUGCCGGACGGAGAAAUCAAACCCUUCAAGUGGUACGAUACUCACAUGUUGCAAUUGCGUAACACUGGGGUUCUCAAGGCGACUGUGGUGCGAGCUGAAAACAUUCCGAGAACGGAUCUACUUUCGAAAACAGAUCCGUAUGUGAAGAUGUUCGUCAAAAAGCAUGGGUUACAAGUGCAAACUACCACCAUGAUGAACAACGAAGAUCCAAUUUGGAAUGAGACUUUUUACAUUCCGGUCGAUGACGUUGACUUACGCACGCUGAAAGUAAGCGUGCUCGACUAUGAUUCAGACCCGCUUAGCUACGAAACUCGACUCGCGAUGACAGAGGUGCGGAUUGAUACAAUCAAAGACGCAACGGAAGAUGGCGCCGAAAAAGAAUUGUGGCUCGAUUUCCCUGAGCAGGUAGCUGGGAACGUGAAGAAGCCACCGAUGCGACUAUUGCUGAAUACUCAAUUCAUACAAUUUGGUAGCGUUGCCGCAAAGGAGCUCUUUGCGGGGCUCGGGUUGUUGACUGUUCAUGUGAUUCGCGGAAUCAAUCUGCAGGUGAUGGACUCAAACGGGUUAUCUGAUCCCUACGUCAAAGUCAAGCUUCCAGUUGAGAGCAUGAGUUCAAGCUCCGCCUUGAUGGAUAAGGAGACGCGCAAAAGCGCGCGUAAGAAAAACAAGGAUGGAAAAGAUUUCAUCGUGUACACUUCCAAGGUACAUUACAAGAAUCUCAAUCCAGAGUUCAAUGCAAGAUUCGAAUUCUCCCCGGCGAGCGAACAAAGCAAGGUCAUAAUCGAGUUGUUCGACGUCGAUUCAACCUUCCCGAUCGGAACAAAGAGUAACUUUAUGGGUAACCUUGAAGUACCCAUCGCCACCAUCUUAGAACACGGUGGAUCAAUGGAAGCUAGGUUCAAGGUUGGUAACGCUAAAAGUGGGGAACUAGAUAUCGCAUUCAACUGGCAAUCGUACUCGUGA